AUGAAAAUCUCAAAGGUCGUUCCUCUAGCUUUUGCAAUAAUCAGCACAGCAGUUGCUAACCCCCGGGACGCGUCAGCUGAUCAAGCUAUAACUGUGCGAGAGGAGCUCGCUACUGGGGAACCUGUGCCUGAGACUGCGGAGGACAUUUGGGGCGAUCUCACUGGAGACAAUAACUGCCUCGGAUGCCAGGGGAUUUUACUGACUCUCCGGACAUUGGCCAAUUUUGGCGAUGACACUUUCGUCAGCGCUCUGCAGGCGCUAUGCUCUGCCACAUCUUCCGAAGAUAGGGACGUGUGCGAUGGGGCACUUGCCCUCGAAGGCCCCGUCAUUGCAGCCAGCCUGCACCAUCUCACACUGGGAGGCAAGACCGCCCAAAUCUUCUGCACGACCUUGCUGGGUCUCUGCAACUAUCCAGAGGUCGAGCAGUACGCGGUUCCGGUGAUACCCGAGAACGCCAUCGGUACGAUCCAACCCAUUUCCUCGGUCAACGCAACCCAGAAAUCCCCUCUUAAGAUCACCCAUUUCUCUGACAUCCACAUCGACCCCCUUUACGUCACCGGGUCAAACGCCAACUGCUCUAAGCCCAUGUGCUGCAGACCCUAUACUCCCGCGGAUGCGCCUGGCAACAAUGACUUUCCCGCAGGUCCCUUUGGUGAUCACAACUGCGGUGCCCCGUUGAGCCCUGAGCAGAGCAUGUCUAGCGCCAUCAAAGUCUUUUCUCCUGAUUUUGCGCUUUUCACAGGAGACAUCGUCGAUCACGCCAUCUGGAACACUACUGUUGAGCAGAAGACAGCCGAAAUCACCAUGGCACACCAGCAUAUGGCUGACACCGGUCUGUUGGUCUACGUGACAGUUGGUAACCAUGAAAUGCCUCCGGCCAACGCGAUUCCUCCUUCUCACCUCGGGAACAGUGCUCAAUGGCUCUACGACGUCGUUUCUGAGGCGUGGAAACGCUGGAUCGGUACCCCUGCAGAAGUGAAAGCCAUCGGAGCCUACUCAGUCAAACACCCCAAUUCCAACCUCCGCAUCGUCUCGGUCUCCACCAACAUGUGGUAUACACUCAAUUUCUGCCUUUACAAGGACGUCAAGAGAGACCCCAGCGACCAUCUUCAAUGGUUGGUAGGAGAGUUGGACGAGGCUGAGAAGGCAGGCGAAAGAGUCUAUCUUGUCGGACACAUGCCAAUGGGUACCUCGGAUGCACUCCACGACGGAUCUAAUUACUUUGACCAGGUGGUCAACCGUUACAGGUCAUCCAUCUCUGGCAUGUUCUUUGGUGGGUCUUUCGCCUGUUUACUUGUCACACUCACUUGGAUCACUUUCCAGAUCAGCUACUCCGAUUAUCAAAACCGCGACGCCUUAAAUGCCGUAGCCAUGUCUUAUAUCGCGCCGUCCAUGACCCCGCUGUCCGGAAUGCCAGCAUCCAGGAUCUACACAGUCGAUCCCGACACCUUCGGCAUCCUCGACGUCGACACCUACGUCGCCGACAUGGCUGACCCCGGGUUUCAGAACGGCCCGACAUGGAAGAAGUCGUACUCCGCCAAGGAAACCUUUGGUGCACUUCUCCAAAUACCCAUCUCGGCCGAUGCCGAACUGACCCCGGCCUUCUGGCAUAAUGUCACUGUUGCCCAACAGGAUCACCCGACCGCUUUCCAGGCUUACUGGUCCCGCAGGACCCGCGGCUGGAACAUGCCGGAGUGCAACGAAGUAUGCCGCAAGACGGAGAUCUGUCAACUCCGAGCCGCUAGGAGCCAGAACAACUGCUUCGUGCCAACGCCCGGCGCCUCGUUUGGGAUCCGUGCUGAGGAAGGUAGCGUGAAGAAGCCGGCCGAGUGUGACCGCUCUGUAGCCAGGGAGACGAUUGGUUCUUUGGCGGUGCGAAAGGGUCAGAUCGAGUUGCUCCAGAGCCUCAUCAGGGAGGAACAGGACCGGAUUUGA